CUUCACCUGAACCAUAAUUUCUUGCGAGACGUUUCGGUCAGAUUACUCUCUCAAUACAUACUCCACCCGAGCGGACUCUCGAGCCCUUCUACCAAGUCUCCCAACGGCCCGCCCACAGCGUAUCACCUUAGCGAUGGUCCGGGAAUUACGACCUAGGAAGAGGAUGCACGACGUCGAUGACUCGGAUGAAGAGCUGGAGAUCACCAUCAAAGCGUCGGACACCAAGGGAGCCAAGAGCAAAUCAGCUGCAGCAGUUGAAUCCCCGGCAAAGAGAUUGCGAACCAUUGCCGACGAGUUGGACAAGGUCACCGAGGAGAACGCCGCGCUGAAGAGUGAGGUCGAAGAAAUAGAAAUCGAGCGCGGCCGCAUGAGAUCGAAUCGCGAAUGGCAUAUUCGCGCGAACGACAUUCAAAGGCGCAAAAUCAAUGAUUUGACCAGGGAGCAGGCGAGGUUGGCCGGCGAGAAUGGUGUGCUUAAGAUGAAAUUGAUGAGGAAGGAGAGGGAAGCGAAGACCCUUCAGGAUGAGAACAAGGCCAUGAAGGAGAAGCUGGAGAAGGCUGAGAAGGCAUGGAAAGCGUUCAAGAGAAUGAACGAUGUCUUCGGAGACUGAGCUCAACGUGGGGUGCGGACAGAUCUGGG